UUUGAUUUGAAUUUAUUUAGAUUAGAUUAUACCGUAAUGAAAAAACACAGUAGUAUUUAAAUAAGAAAAAAAAGCACAAAAAUAACAAGCGAGCGAGUUAGACAAGAAGAAAGCAACAAUACAAAUUUAAAUACAAAAUAAAUUAUAUAAAAAGAGAAUAAAAAUCCCUAAAACUGCGAGCGUUUUUGUUUGUGAGAGAGAAGAAGAGAGAGACGAGUCUGUAUGGCAAAAGGAUGAGGAAGGAAGAAGAAGAAGAAGCAGGAUCUUAUAACAUGAACGUCGACGAUACUAACAACAACAACAACUAUAUCUGCACUGAUAAUGAUUACAUCGAAGAAGAUGAAGAUAAUAGCAACACUAAGAAGAGCCAAACACAAGCAUGGGGCACGUGGGAAGAGCUGUUAUUAGCAUGCGCCGUUAAACGACACGGAUUUGGUGAUUGGGAUUCCGUCGCUACGGAGGUUCGAUCCCGGAGCUCUCUCUCUCACCUCCUCGCUUCCGCUAAUGAUUGUAGGCACAAGUAUCGAGAUCUCAAGCGUCGAUUUCACGAACAAGAAAAAACAGAUGUGACGGCGACGGUGGAAGAAGAAGAAGAAGAAGAAGAGAGAGUUGGUAAUAAUAUCCCGUGGCUUGAACAGCUACGUAACCUUCGUGUAGCUGAGCUCCGUCGUGAAGUUGAGCGUUAUGAUUGUUCGAUACUAUCGCUUCAAUUGAAAGUUAAGAAAUUAGAGGAGGAGAGAGAAGUCGGAGAAGAGAAACCAGAUCUGGAAAACGAGAGGAAAGAAGAGAGAUCGGAGAACGAUGGUUCUGAAUCUGAGCACCGUGAAAAGGCGGUUUCAGCGGCGGAGGAAUCUGAUCGGGAAAAUAGGUCGAUGAACGAGUCCAACUCGACAGCAACCGCCGGAGAAGAAGAGAGAGUUUGCGGAGACGAACCGAGUCAAACUCGAGAAGAUGAUUCCGGUAAUGAUAAGAAUCCGGAUCCUGAUCCGGUUAACAAGGAUGCGACGGCUGCGGAGGAGGAGGAAGGAUCGGUUAGUAGAGGAUCGGAAGCGAGUCACUCAGACGAGUUAGGCGAGUCAGGGACAUCGGAAAGUAAAUGGAAACGGAAACGAAGGAAACAGGGUGGUGCCGGCGAGAUCAGAUCGGCUGAGAGUAAAUCACAGCCGUUGAUUAGUCUUCUUGAUCUGAUUCGGUCCCAUCCGCGUGGAUCUUUGUUCGAACGCCGGCUUCGGAGCCAGGAGGCUAAGGAUUACAAGAGCAUGGUUAAGCAACAUUUGGACAUUGAGACAAUACAGAGAAAGUUGAAGCAAGGAUCUUAUGAUUCUUCAAGCCUCAUUUUUUACAGAGAUCUACAGCUUCUCUUCACAAACGCAAUUGUCUUCUUUCCUUUAUCUUCCUCAGAAUCGAUGGCAGCUCACGAACUACGAGCUGUUGUUUCUCAAGAAAUGAGAAAAGAGACCGGAAAAGCUGGCCCCAGGUUAAUAAAACAGGAAGCAUCCGGUAUGCGUAGUGGCAAAGCGGAUGCUGAAACAUCAGACUCGUCUCUCUCUAGGCAGAAAUCUUCAGGUCCUCUUGUCGUUUGUAAGAAGAGGCGUUCUGUUUCCGCUAAGGCUUCUCCUUCGUCAUCAAGCUUUAGCCAAAAAGAUGAUACGAAAGAAGAGACAUUAUCAGAGGAAAAAGACAACAUUGCGACUGGUGUAAGAAGCUCGAGAAGGGCAAACAAAGUGGCUGCGGUUGUCGCUAAUAAUACCAAGACGGGCAAAGGCAGGAACAAACAGAAACAGACAGAGUCGAAAACAAAUUCGUCGAAUGAUAAUAGUAGUAAACAAGACACAGGUAAAACAGAGAAGAAAACGGUUUCAGCAGAUAAAAAGAAGAGUGUGGCUGAUUUCUUGAAGAGAUUAAAGAAGAACUCUCCGCAAAAAGAAGCUAAAGAUCAGAAUAAGAGCGGUGGAAAUGUUAAGAAAGAUAGUAAAACAAAACCAAGAGAACUUAGAAGUAGCAGUGUGGGUAAAAAGAAGGCCGAGGUAGAGAAUACUCCGGUGAAAAGAGCCCCCGGGAGACCGCAGAAGAAAACAGCAGAGGCAACUGCAUCUGCCUCAGGAAAACGGGGUAGGGAUACAGGAAGCACGGGGAAGGACAAUAAACAGCCAAAGAAAAGAAUCAGAAAAUGACAAUUCAAAACAUGUUUGCCCCUUUAGUGGCAUUUCUUAAGAGCUCAAGUUAUUGUAUAUGCUUUGGAGUUUUUUUUUUAAUCUUAAUUCUAACAUUAGAAGUCCUAUUCUCAUAGUUAUGGAUUAGAGAAAGUGUAUUUUGGCUUGCUGUCAUCAGUAAUAUUCAUUCCUUCUUUUCUGUUAUAUUUUGCUCAUUUCC